CCGUGAGCGUUAGUAGAACUGUUUACUGUCGUACGAGCAACACGAUGGAGUAUUUGAGCUUCGAUGUGACGAACAAGACGCUCUCGUUGAAGAGAGCCGAGGUUCCAACACCGAAACCGAAUGAAGUUUGUGUUAGAGUAGCGUUCUCCGGCGUCUGUGGGACCGAUCUUCACAUUCUAGAAGGAGCGUUUCCUUGCAAGAAAGAAGGCUCGUUGACGCUCGGCCACGAAUUUUCGGGCGUGAUCCAGUCGGUCGGAUCAGAGGUCAAAGCUUUCAAGGUUGGGCAAAAAGUGGUGGUCGACCCGAACGAUGGUUGCAACAAGUGCGAGUGUUGUCACAAAGGGACUUACCAAUUCUGCAGCACCGGUGGCUUAAAUAGCACCAUAGGCAUUUACAAAGAUGGCGGAUGGGCCACUCACGCCCUCGUGCCCGACACACAGGUCUACGCGGUGCCCGAUGACGUCGAGCUGCACAAAGCCGCCCUCACCGAGCCCCUCUCUUGCUUGGCCCACGGAUGGGACAAGAUUAACCCAGUCAACGUCGGUCUUAAUGUGCUCGUAAUUGGCGCUGGAAUAAUUGGCCUUUUGUGGACCUGCCUGUUACAUUUACGCGGCCUCAGGAAAACCGUAACGGUCAGCGAACCUCACGAGAAACGGCGCAGCAUGGUGUCCAAACUCGAUUUGGAUUUCGAAACGAAGACUCCGGAUCAAUUGAAGGAAGGGUACGAUUUAAUUGUCGACUGCAGUGGCUCGGGACCAGCUAUGCAGGCAUCCCUGCCGUUGUUGAGAUCCGGCGGCCGUUUAUGCGUCUUUGGCGUUGCCAGUCCUCAGACGAAGUUCACCAUCGAGCCGUACCAGAUUUUCAAGAAAGAGUUAAGUAUUAUCGGGGUAAACAUAAAUCCUUUCACAUUCCCGGAAGGUUUGGCUCUGCUGAGAGCGAUGUCCGAUAAAUAUCUUGAUUUCAAUAAGUUAGGUAUUAAGGUAUACGCUUUGUCUCAGUAUCGCGAGGCUUUGCAAGCACUGAAAACUGGGGAGAUCAGCAAAGCGGUGUUUAAGUUAUAAGUAAACUAUUCACGAUUACGUCGAACGUUUAUAAUA